GAAUCCCCAUUUGACAAAAUCGAUCAAAACCCUAAAAGAAACAAGCACCGUUUCGAAUCAACCACCAAAAAAUGAUCGGUGUUUGAAUACGACUCGUCAGAUUCUUGUGGAGCUAAGAAUCCAUAAAAUGGAAGCCGCUUGCUGAUCGUCGAAUCCCACCACGUGUCGUCUUGUUCUUCUCAAUCGAUCGACACGUCGCCACCUGCGCCAUAGCGAUACUCAUUUCUCCUCCUGAAAAUUUGCCCCAAGAUAUUUACCCCACUCCAUUACUGGUCUUCACGAAAUCGAAGAAAAUGACUCCACCCCACUUCCUGAUUCGUAAAAGGACAAAACCCCAUCAAAAUUUCAGUGCUGUUUGCUAAUUUUUUCAAGUUUUGUGGAGAUGGGUCGGAAGAAAAGUCAAAGAUGGGACUAAAUUUUGAGAGCUCUUCUCAGGUUUGAGAAGGAAUUUGUAGCAGUAGAAGACCCAUUUCCCUAUUUUGGGGAUCGAUGGAUCUGUUGAUCUAACAAGUUUACUUGCACAUGUAUUGCUGCGUCUCUUUUAGAUCUCCGUCGUUUUCAUUUGGUUUCGACCAGUAGUAGCUGACCCCAACUGACCAGAAUAGCCUAAUUACAGGAAGGAUUUUGAGGUGGGAUUGGUGUUGCAUCCAUUUUGGAUGUGGAGGAAUUGGAGGGUGGCUCUGGUGCAAUGAGGGAUGUUAUCAAGUUUGAUGAACUUCCUGAGGGCCUGCUGGCAGCCAUGUGCUGAUCGGCAGGCACGUCGGGGCCGUGGUUCUGAUUCAGCUGGCUGCCAAGAUGGGCUACUUUGGUACAAGGACCAUGGCCACCAUAUCAAUGGAGAGUUUUCAAUGGCUGUUGUUCAGGCCAACAAUUUACUUGAGGAUCAGAGCCAGCUUGAGUCUGGCCCCUUGAGCUUGCUCGAGUCGGGACCUUAUGGAACCUUUGUUGGAAUAUACGAUGGCCAUGGUGGCCCUGAGACAUCGCGAUUCAUAUGUGCUAACUUGUUCCAGCAUCUCAAAGUGUUUGCCACAGAAGAAAAGGCAAUGUCAGCAAAUGUAAUAAAGAAAGCAUUCCAAGCAACAGAAGAGGGGUUUCUCUCUAUUGUCACCAAGCAAUGGCCUAUGAACCCCCAGAUUGCGGCUGUUGGUUCUUGCUGUCUGGUUGGAGUGAUUUGUGACGGGAAACUCUACGUUGCGAACCUAGGUGAUUCCCGUGCCGUGUUGGGAAGGCUUGUUCAGUCCACUGGAGAAGUUCUUCCGAUUCAGCUAUCAUCAGAGCACAAUGCAAGUAUACCAUCAGUCCGCCAGGAGAUGCAGUCUUCGCACCCCGAUGACCCCCAUAUUGUGGUGUUGAAGCAUAAUGUAUGGCGUGUAAAGGGCUUGAUUCAGAUUUCUCGGUCAAUUGGAGACGUAUAUCUCAAAAAGCCAGAAUUCAACCGGGAGCCAUUGUAUGCCAAGUUUCGCCUCCAAGAACCGUUCAGUAGGCCUAUUCUGAGCUCAGAACCAGCAAUCUCUGUGCACGAACUCGAUCCGAACGAUCAAUUCCUCAUAUUUGCUUCUGAUGGGCUAUGGGAGCACCUUAGCAACCAGGAAGCAGUUGAUAUUGUUCACAAGCAUCCUCACAGUGGAAGUGCAAGGAGGUUGGUGAAAGCAGCAAUGCAGGAAGCAGCUAAGAAAAGAGAAAUGCGGUACUCGGACUUGAAGAAGAUCGACCGUGGGGUUCGGCGUCAUUUUCAUGACGACACAACGGUGAUAGUUGUGUUUCUGGGUUCGAGUGGUUCAGGAGGAAGGAGCCCUGUUUUGUCAGUGAGAGGGGGAGGGGUGAACCUAUCUGCAAAGGCUGUAGCAGCUUCUAAGCUCAACGCUACUCCCCAAUGAACAAUAAUGCAAAGCUUCUCAGGGAUGAGAGAAGGUUCACUUUGAUUCUUUAAAUGAUCUGAUCUGCUCUGCUCUGCCCUGCUCAGCUCAGCUUAGUGUAACAUUCUAAGUCAGCUUUUACUUUUUAAUUUCUUUCUAAGAACUUCUGAGGAAAGUACACUCAAAAUCUGGCGAUGGAGCUUAAUACAUGCCAUUGGGGAAUUCUUCUCCUUCUUGCAUA